AUGUGUGCUAACAGCAACAUACUGUAGGAGACCAGGAGCAGACGGGUGGACCUUCUGGGUGCACACACUCACAACUGUGGAUACAUUUAAUCCUGGAGCUGACAAACAACACAACAUCAUCUAGGAGCUCUGGACGGCUAAUCUGAACUACUUCUUCCUCCUACAGUUUGGAAGUUUUAGCAGUUCUUUGGGUUUUUUUUUGUUUUUUUUUUCAUCAUCUGCUGUAUUCAGGAUGCUCAGCCCUGUCGCUCUGCAGCAGAUCAUUUCCACCUUGUGUGUGCUCUGCAGUGUUGCAGUCAUGGCAGGGACCGAGUGCCCAGCUGAGUGCUCCUGCAGCCCCUCACCCCAGCCGUGCCCGCAGGGUGUCAGCUGGGUGAGCGACCACUGUGGCUGCUGUAAAGUUUGUGCUCGGCAGUUUAAUGAGGACUGCAGCGCCACCGAACCUUGUGAUCACAUCAAGGGGCUGCGCUGCCAUCUGGGGGCCGGAGGAGACCCUGAGAGAGGACUGUGUCGAGCUGAGGCCCAGGGUUUGCCCUGCGAGUUUAACGGGCGAGUGUAUCAGCAUGGUGAGGACUUCCAGCCCAACUGCCAGCAUCAGUGCACCUGUAUGGACAGGGUGGUGGGCUGCAUGCCUCUCUGUCCUCACCAAGUGCCCCUGCCUGACUGGCGCUGCUCGCGUCCACGUCUAGCCAGGCCUGAGGGCGGCUGCUGCGAGGAGUGGGUGUGUGACGACAAUAACCACAUCAGUGAGGAGCCCGACAAGCCGACACACACCUCCCUGCCUAACAGACAACCCCUUCCCAACCACAUCAGUGUCCUGCUGCAGGCCCAGCUGCAGCCUCGGCACCCGGCCGCCACUGGAGGGGCCAUGUUCAGAGAGAUGGUGUCCUUCCCCAUGUCUGAGGUGCUGCUCAAACCUAACUGUUUCCCACAAACCACAGAGUGGACCGACUGCUCCACCACAUGUGGAAUGGGUAUUUCAAGUCGAGUGACCAAUAACAACCCAGACUGUCGGCUGGUCAGAGAAACCAGACUGUGCCAGAUCCGUCAGUGUGAGCUGCAGCUUCCUGUAGUGAGCAAGAAAGGGAAGAGGUGCCAGCGAACUGUUCGCCCCCAGGUACCAGUGAGAAUCUCCUUCGCUGGAUGCGCGACGGCACAGCGGUACCGCCCUCGCAUCUGUGGGACUUGCACUGAUGACCGCUGCUGCACACCAUCCCUGUCUCGCACCGUGGUGCUCCGUUUCCACUGCCCUGAUGGAGAGGGCUUCUACAGAAACAUGAUGUGGAUCCAGCGCUGCAGCUGCAAUACAAGCUGUCGCACACACAGUGGGCCCUCCAGUCCGUUAGUCACCCUCUACAAUGACAUCCACACUUUCAGGCACUGAGGCUGACUCUGCAUGCCCCACCCUGGGCUGUCACCAAGCCAUAAGGAGCACUGCUCAGCCUUGCUUCUAAUGUUUCCCAAUGGCAAUUGCAGCAAAAAAACCCAACAAAAAAACACCAAAAACAUUUGCAGCCCACAAAGAAUUUUCCCAUAGACCACCAUUAAAAGGGACUUGUGUAAAACUCUUGUCAGAACACCUCGGACUGCUAACAAGAUCAAUUAUGAAUUUUUCUGCAAUAACUUUUAGAUCCAAGGAGGUUUUAUAUUUGCAACUUUCCUUGAGCCAGAAAAAACGGUUUAAAAAUCUGUGAUCAUCACAAUGUACAGUCUAUGACUCGAGUAGGAACUCGUAGGCAGGGCCAGUUGAGAAACACCACUGUGUAUACUCAGUUGGCCACAUAUCUUGGAAAUAAACCCGAAAGCUAGAAACUUUUUCAAUCUGCACCCGGCGAGCAACUCCACUGGACUAAAUAGGCGCCAUCUUGGGGUCCAGUAUCCAGAUCUAAUAAUACAUCCAUGCCGGGCACACUGUGCAAAGACUCUGCACCUCUCCCUCCUUGAACUUGCAACAUGUUCUCAUCCCAAGUUGUCACAUAUUGGACUUUUACAAUUACACUCUACACCAUUCUGCAUAGCCUUUGAUAUUUUGUGACACCACCGUGAUGUCAACACAAGAACAUGGUGGGAUUAUGCCGGGACAUCAGUGAAAGCACAUGAUUAGGCAACAAGGGCAUAGAUGCUUUGGGCACAUGGUAAGAUGUGUAGAAAAAAGCUUCACAUUGAGGUGGGAAGUGAAUGUCAGACUCCCACAUGAAAGUCUGGGGUUUGUUCGAUCCAUCUACCGCCCCUCAUGCCGCCCCAUAAGGACAUUUGUCCUCCAUACAUCGUUGCUGACAGUCUUUCAACUGUCUAGUCUGGUCAGUUUAUCAACUGGCGCAGCCCGUAAGCAUAUCAUACUGCCUCAGUAGGUGCCAUCUUGCAGCGUAUCAUAACACCAGGAAUGGUUCUGUUCACAGCUAUGCCUUGCAACGGUAUAUCAUAAAGCCAUGAAAAGUGGCUUUUGGCGUUGAAAUGUUAGACCAAAAUCUCUGCAAAAGUAGCAGUAUUUGACGACUUUGGAAUGAGAAUGGGCUGGAACCUUGUUACCCCUCCCUUUCCUCAAAUAGGCAAUUCACUUGCUUGCACUUUAAACAGCAUCAGUUUGUCCACACGAGAGAAGUGUUACAUCUCUUGUAGUAGGGCAGCACUGAGGAUACACACUGCAGUCUGCUGCUGUGUUUGAGAGCUUUUAUUGAAAUUUUAUUUAAUAGUAAUGUCGUGUCCUCUCCUCAAAGGGCGAUGUGACAGUUUGUCAUAGACAAAAAAGACUUUUUAAAUCAGUAACAGAACUUUUAUGAGAAGAAAUGGAAACUAUGGACAUGCAUUUUGAAAAAUGAGGAAGAAAGAUGACUGAAGACAAAGUCAUUUCUAAUGACUAUAAGGGCUAUGUGUUCUUUACUGCCCGUCCUUUGUGAUGCAGUCGACAGAUGAUUGUGGCAUAGAUUGUGUGUGUGUGUGUGUGUGUGUGCGUGCAUGUGUGAAUUGGUAUGUUUGAAGAAUGAGAAACUUUCAGUGAGAGUUGACAGAGAAUGUGCUCAUUAUGCUACUACAGUAUAAAGAUGAAAGCAUACAGUGAAUAUAGACUUCACUCUUAGCUGUGGAGUGGUCAUUUCUAGGAUCACCUAAUUUUUUCAGGUGUGAUUAUAUUUUGUAGUGUGUCUGUAAACUCCUGCAUAUUAAAAAAAACAUAUCAACCUGUAA